AUUAUGCUUUGCUCGUGGGUACCUCAGUAGUUACUUAAAUGUAACGAUAACUGGUAUUUUCAAUGUAUUUCCGCGUAUUAACGUACGCUAAUCAAGCUAGUUCUUUCUUUUUUUUUCUGACGACAUGUGACUGUGGUGCUGGGUGGGUAUUGCCGUAUGAAUGCUUAUCAUGUCACCAGGUCGCUGCCAUUGCCUUAAAACAACUCCGUAGUGUUACUUUUGUGACUGAAUUGCAGUUUUGGUCGAAUAUUCUUGAGUCUUUGGGUGAUGCACUGCACCUGCCGCGUACGCCGGUCUUCUAAAUCGCCAAGUCGAAAAACCGGCAUCAUUCAUUCAUUGAUUGGUGGUCUCGCUCAGCACGUGCAACACGUCACUACCUCUCUCCGGCCUGACAAAGCUCCUGUUGCCAUGGGUAAUAGUGCCUUCCCCUCCCCCGCGCAACCUGAGAACGAUGCUGGUUCCGUUUUCUGGUUGGUCAAUCGGCAAAUGCCCGUGAAUGGGGCGGUGACAGGAGGCCGUUGCUUUCUUGCUUCUGGAUCAUUUAAAACAGAAUUAAAUGCUAAAGGAAACGACCUAUUUGACAGAAGUAAAGCGAAUUUCAUGUCAUUUACAUCCCUAUUUUGUGUGCUUCCAACCCCCCCCCCCCCUUGGUCUUUUUGAUCGUUUGUGUGCUGUCACUAAUAAGAAAUGUGCAAAUAAUUGUACGUUAAAAAAAAAUCACCAUAACUGAGUAUUUUUACCCAACUUCCAAUACACACGAAUCCACUGGUUACUUAAUUCUGCUUCUGACGGAUUAUUGAUAGGAUUUUGCACAUGGUUCACCAGUUGUCUGUCAGUGCUGGGAGUUUGGCUUAAGCUUUGUUUUAGGUCUGAUCCAGAGAUAAACCUGCAAAUUUAUCCAACUGAACCUUUUUGUCAUAAGAUCUAAAACUAUUGGUGAUCAGCUGUGAAAGAUGGAGGUUCAACACAGGGAAGGCUGACUUGAUGUCUGAGCAUCUCCUUAAAGUUUGAUCCGUUUUUCCGUUUAAGCACUUGUGUUGUGGAAACAAGAUUAGCAGCGCUGUGGAGAUGCGUGGGCCUAUCUGAAGAUGAAUGGCUGAUGCUGCACUGACAGAGAGGGAGCAGGCGUGACACGAAGUGGUGCUCCCCACUUCGCCAACCCACCCACCGUCAUUGUCAUGGUGGGUCUGCCGGCUAGGGGCAAGACGUACAUGUCCAGGAAACUCACCCGCUACCUCAACUGGAUUGGCAUGCCCACCAAAGUCUUCAAUGUAGGAGAGUACCGCAGAGAAGCAGUGAAGAACUACAGCUCUUAUGAUUUCUUCAAGCCUGACAAUGAGUGUGCCGUGAAAAUCAGGCAGCAGUGUGCCUUAGCAGCCUUGAGAGAUGUCAGGUCCUAUUUGAAGGACGAAGGUGGCCAAGUAGCGGUCUUUGAUGCUACCAACACAACAAGAGAAAGGCGAGACAUGAUCCUCAAGUUUGGGGAAGAGAAUGAUUUUAAGAUCUUCUUCAUCGAGUCUGUGUGCGACGAUCCCAGCGUCAUUGCGUCGAACAUCAUGGAAGUGAAGGUGUCCUGCCCGGACUACCGGGACUGUAACAAGACUGAAGCCAUGCUGGAUUUCCAGAAAAGGAUUGAAUGCUACAAAAAGAGCUACCAGCCUCUGGACCCAGAUCGAUACGACAGGGAUCUCUCCUUCAUCAAGGUAAUCGAUGUGGGUCGCCGUUUUCUCGUCAAUCGCAUCCAGGAUCACAUUCAGAGCAAGAUCGUUUACUACUUAAUGAACAUCCACGUCCAGCCCCGAACCAUCUACUUGUGUCGGCACGGGGAGAGCACAGACAAUCUGAAGGGAAGGCUGGGGGGUGACGCUGGCCUCUCACCUCAUGGCAAACAGUUCUCAUCCGCCCUGGCUCGAUUUGUGGAGGAGCAGCAGCUGAAGGACCUGAAAGUCUGGACGAGCCAGCUGUGUCGCAGCAUCCAGACUGCCGAGCACCUCGGAGUCCCGUACGAGCAGUGGAAGGCUCUUAAUGAGAUUGAUGCAGGAGUCUGUGAGGAGAUGACGUACGAUGAAGUGAAGGAGAAAUUACCUGAGGAGUUUGCACUGAGAGAUGAAGAUAAAUAUUAUUAUCGCUACCCUGCUGGAGAGUCCUACCAGGACCUUGUGCAGCGGGUGGAGCCAGUCAUCAUGGAGCUGGAGAGGCAGGAGAACGUGUUGGUUAUUUGCCACCAAGCCGUCAUGCGCUGCCUGCUGGCCUACUUCCUGGAUAAGAGUGCAGAUGAAAUGCCCUACCUGAAGUGUCCCCUCCACACGGUGCUCAAACUCACCCCAGUUGCUUAUGGAUGCAAAGUGGAGUCAAUCUCCCUGAAUGUGGAGGCAGUAAACACCCACAGAGAGCGACCAGAGGAGGUUAAGAGAGGUCCUGGCACCUUGAUCAGGAGGAACAGCGUGACUCCCCUAACCAGCCCAGAGUCCAACAUUAAGAAACCUCGCAUCGACGACCUGGAUGAGGCCCCCAUCCAGGAGUUGCCCCCCUCUGUUUCUGCGCUGGCCCUCUGCAGCCCAUCACACAUCCCCCUCACUCUGCCUGGACAGCACUGGCUGGGCAAAGUUUGCCUGUGCACCAUCCUCCACUAUCUAAAGGUGGUUUCACUCUUAGUCUUUCAAAGGUAAACACACUUUAAAGGCUAUGCAGUUCCUUCAGUUCUUCCAGCAGCCACAUCUGAGUGCAUUACUUAAAUCUGCCAACCACAGCAAAGUAGGAUGAGUUGGCUUAAAUUGUUUUUAUUUGCUGAGCCAUGUUCGAAAUCAUCUGUAAACAAACACUUAAUUGCAUAAUUAAAUGAGUAUCAACAGCAGAACACUUCACUGGUGCCACGAGUAUAGGAUUUGCUGGUGCAGUGGAAAAGCAUGAAUAACACUGCAGGGUGUGUGCAUUUGUGCGCAUGUUGUCAUAGUCAUCCGAGGAUUAAAGCGGUGCAGCCGCAGCAACCUGUUUGCACAGUGGCAAACUCGACACAAGUUUUCACAGCAUCUAAAAAUAUCAAAGAGCAGAUUAGGGCUGAGAAAACAUGCAUGACGUAACGUGUGGUUAAGAUAUUACACUAUCUUUGGCCACUCUUUGCGCAAGACUGCUGCCUUUUUUGUUGUUAUGGAUCUGUAUAGUAGCUAUGUAGUGCAUAGCUGCCAACUGCCGCAGUACAAAAUGAAUCUAAAC